CAUGAGAGCCAUUUUUUGGGGGAAAACCAUUCGAAAAAGGGCCUUUCACUGAACCGUUACUUUUAUGAACAACGCAAGUUUUCAGAAAAGUGAUUCCUUUUCAAUAGCUUCUCGUUUAGGAGAACUUGAACAAAUUCGUUAUGAAAAUCGUUCUCUACUCAUGGCAAAUAAUUACCAGAAAAAUAUGAAGCUUGUUGGCAACAAGAAUAUCGAUCAGUGUGACACUCGUGUCGAUAACCAAAUGUCUUUGAGAUGGGAACGUGACAAUAGAAAGGAAUUAUGGGAUAACAAAGAGAAUAGAUCACCCAACGUAGUUUCUACGGAGUAUCUUCGAACCAACGAUUCACCUUUUCAUCCAUCACCAUCUAAAAAGGAGAAAAAUGAGAACAAUCCAACCAAUAUAGGAAAUGAAGAGUUGACCAACUGUCAUAGUCUCAUUCAAGGCACAGAAGGACUUCAAAUACGAGAUGGUAAACAUCAAUCUACUCACAAGUUGGUAAAUUCUAUUCAUAUAGAGGAUAAUUCUGAAAAAGAGAAAAGAGCAGAUGAAAUAUCUCAAGUAGAUCAUCAACAACGCACUAAGACUAUUAAGCGAUGGUCAUUGGAUGACUUUGAUAUAGGAAGACCAUUAGGAAGAGGAAAAUUUGGUAAUGUAUAUUUGGCACGAGAGAAAAAGACCAAAUUUGUAGUUGCUCUCAAAAUUUUGUUCAAAAGUCAACUAGUGAAAGCUGGUGUAGAACAUCAACUGCGCAGAGAAAUUGAAAUACAAAGCCAUCUUCGACAUCCAAAUAUACUGAAACUUUAUGGUUAUUUUUAUGAUAAAUCUCGAGUAUUCCUCAUAUUAGAAUAUGCUGCUGGAGGUGAAUUAUAUAAGGAGCUGCAAAAAUGCGGUAAAUUUUCAGAGUCUAGAGCAGCCACUUACAUUGCAUCUCUUGCUCAUGCAUUGUUAUAUUGUCAUCAAAAACAUGUGAUACAUAGAGAUAUUAAACCAGAAAAUUUGUUGUUGGGUAUACGAGGAGAGUUGAAGAUUGCAGACUUUGGUUGGUCUGUUCAUGCUCCCCAUUCACGAAGAAUGACUAUGUGUGGUACCCUUGACUAUUUACCACCGGAAAUGGUAGAAGGCCGAGAACAUGAUGAGAAUGUGGAUAUUUGGAGUUUAGGCGUCUUGAUGUAUGAGUUUUUGGUUGGAAGUCCUCCAUUUGAAGCACAAGGUCAUACGGAAACCUAUCGAAGGAUAGCACGUGUUGAUAUACGUUUUCCUGAUUGGUUGAGUCAAGAUGCUCGAAACUUGAUAAGUAAACUACUUGUGAAGGAGCCAGAAAGAAGACUCCCUUUACAUUUGGUAUUACAACACCCGUGGAUAAGAAAGAAUGCUGCUUAUAUUCCACCCGUUCCAUAUCGUUGGCUCGGUCAGGAAGAUUCAAGAGAGAUAUGAGCGAGUCAAUGUUAUUUGUAUCAAAGUCGAAUGAAAAAUGGUUUCAAUAAAUGAAAACGAUAAAUC